AUGGAUCUCAAGCAAGAAUGGGCAUCUCUGCAGAGCAAGAAAUGCUGCGCUGACUGCAAAACCACCAAGACCCCACUCUGGAGAGGAGGACCGACUCUGUGCAAUGCUUGUGGAAUUAGGUAUCGGAAGAAAAGGGCUUGUUCGAGGAAGAGAGAGGAUGUUGCGAAGAAACAGAGGUGGAAGAUGUUGGGCGAGGAGGAACAAGCUGCGGUUUCUUUGAUGGCCUUGUCCUGUGGUUCUGUUUUCGCUUGA